UAAGCUGGGCAACAUAUCCAAACGAUCUCCCUCUCCCGAGAUCGAUCUACCAGGCAAAAAAAACCCUUCUUCCUACUUCCUAAGAGGAAAUGAAAGGCGGCUUUAUUCAUAAACUUCUCGUCGACAAGCCAUGGCUGGGUCUGGUCGUCCUCUUCUUCGCCAUGCCUAUUGUUGUUUUGGUAUUGCUGGGUGGAUCUCCAGUCCUCACUGACUUCAGCAUUACGCCGGAGCAACGAAAAGCUUUCUCCCAAGGCUUAGGUUUACUAGAGCAGCAGGAGCAGCAACGUUUUGGGAAUGAUCUAUCAGGAGGUCUAGUUGGGUCUCCAGGUCCAACUUAUAACGACAGUCGCAGUCAGAAAACAGCUACAAGGGAUGAUGAAUGUAACUAUGCAAAAGGUAAGUGGAUAGCAGAUGAGAAGCGGCCACUCUACUCCAGUUAUGAGUGCAAGCGAUGGAUACCUAAAAAAUACAAUUGUGGCGCGAUGGGGCGGACAGAUUUAUCGUUCGAGAGCUAUCGGUGGCAACCACAUGGUUGUGAGAUGCCCGAGCUUUCAGGGCCAAACUUUCUGGACAGGAUGAGGAACAAAACUCUAGCUUUUAUUGGAGAUUCGCUUGGUAAACAGCAGUUUAUGUCUAUGAUGUGCAUAGCUACAAAGGGUAAGCAUAGCCCUAAGGUUGAAGACGUUGGGUGGAAAUAUGGCCUUGUCAAAGCUCCACCUGCUCGAAGAAUUGAUGGCUGGGCUUAUCGAUUUCCAGGGACUAACACCACCGUUCUUUUCUAUUGGUCUCCUAGUCUAUGUGAGCUGGAGGCAUUGAUGAACACGACAAGGUCAGCGAAAAGCUACGCGUUGCAUCUCGAUCGGCCAGCGAGAUUCCUGAAGAAGUAUCUCCACUCUUUUGAUACCCUUGUUCUCAACACCGGCCAUCACUGGAACAAAGUGAGAUUCAGCAUAAAUCGCUGGAAGUUGUAUGCUGACGGCAAGCCUCUAGGGAACGGUACGCUGCCGGAAGACCUCGGCCCAUUCAGGAACCUUAAACUGCACAACAUCGUAAGAUGGCUGGAUUCAGAACUCAUACGUCGUCCUUAUAUGAAAGUUUUUCUGCGGACAAAUUCACCAAGGCAUUUCCUACAUGGCGACUGGAACACUGGGGGUAGCUGUAAUAACACCACCCCAUUGUCGGCUGGCAGUGAGGUCUUGGAAGACCAUUCAAGUGACCUACCUGCAGAGCAUGCUGUAACUGGAACUCGGGUUAAGCUUUUGGAUAUUACUUCUAUCUCACAGCUACGAAGCGAAGGUCAUAUCGCAGAUCAUACUUUAAAGUCACUUAGUGUUAAAUACGAUUGCUCGCACUGGUGCCUUCCUGGUAUCCCAGACAUGUGGAAUGAAAUCCUCUUUGCACAAAUUUAGGUAACGUUUGGGUCUCAGCCACAGUUUACCAUGCCUAUGCUUAUGUAUGCCACGAAUUUUUGGAAGUGUGUUGCUCUCAUAUGUCAUAGACACGAUAUUUUGUCACUGAAAUUUCACACUUGUGGCUUCGUUUUUGUUUUCCACGCUUAUAUGACAAGCCUCAAAGCCUAAGCUCUGUUCUGGUAAAUUCUGAGGUAUUACGACCUCCAAGGUCAUG